UUUACUAUCAGAAAAGUGCAAAAAAAAGUGUUGAAAAAACAGAAAAAAACAAAAUUUUUAACUUGGAAAAUAAUAAAAAUUGUAAUAGUUUAGUAGAAUAGCUUGGCCACAAAAUGUUGUACAUCGAAAGCGUGAGUUAAAAGUGCAUUUUUGAAGGCACAGCAUGAAUUAUCGAUCUUCUCUGCAGCUCACCGUUUCCGGAAUUCCUGGAUUUGACGACCACUCGCUUCGCUUCCGUUCGGGUCUGAACCUGCUCCGGCACGAUCGCCUUCAACAGCAACAACGGUCGCCCUCUUCGUAUGCCAUUCGGUUUCUGGUGUGGUUCCUGAAUCACGCGGAACCGGUGGACCUGCAGCUUGAAAUGGCUUUUGGGAAGUCUUCCUACCUGGAGAUUCGCAUCCGAUCCGAUCAGCCCCAGUAUGCGUUCGGAGUGAUGAGCGGGAAGAAGAACCGGGAACAGAAUUUGAUAAGCUUGCGCCGGGUGUUGUCCCGACCGCUCUCGGUGGUGGUGGAUGGUGGGAAGGUGCAGCUGCCGGUGGAGGAGUUCCAGUCGGAGAUGCAACAGCUGGGACUGCGGUUCGGCACCGGCCGGUUUCCGAUGCUGAACGUUAUCCGGGGGGAGGAUCUGGAGCGGUGGAUCAAAUCGGCGCGCAAGCUGUGGGAGAUAAUUCAUGACGUGUUCCAGGUGGAGGUGUUCCGUCGGAUGCAGACUUCGGAUCAAAACCGGAAGGGGUUCUGCCGGCAGAAGAUGAACAACGCGCUGGCCGCGGAUUACCAGGACCGGAUCGACGAGCUGCAGGGACGGAUAAAUGGGAGUAAAAUGUUUCGGAAGCUGCUGAUGACAUUGGAGAUGAAUGCGGCGGUGGUAGCCCAGAAGGAGGUUGAGGCUUACGAAGGGACAUGCAAGCGUUACGAGGGGAAGUUAGCGGAAGCAGUAUCCCAAGCGGAAGUGUUGGACGAAAAGAGAAAGGAGCUUGAAGAUCGAUUGGAUGAACAAGACAGUGUGGUUCCGGAUGUCCGGGAGCUUCUCGAGGCAGAUUUGGAGGGGGAACGCGAGGAGGAAGAAUGCUGUUUAGCUGGGUUGCAAUCGGAAGAGCAAUCCCUAGAAGUGGCCAGUGAGCUCUGCCACGAUAUAGAAAGUCUGGUUCGGAAGAUGCAAGGCUCCGUGGAUAGCAUGCUGGGUCGUAUGGAUAAAUGGCUUCAAGCUCAAAGAAAAAUUGCGCAGCUGGAAGUGGAAUUGGAAAUUAAUGAGAACUGUUUGCAUGCCGCGGUAUUGUCACCAAAGAUUCGAGCAAGUUCCAUUAACGAGUUUCGCGUUUCCCUGGAAAAGUACCUGGCGAAUUCUGAAACACGUUCGAAAGAGUUCUCGCAUGCAGUGGAAAUGCUCAAUCUGACUGUAGUUGCUCAAAGGCAGCAUCUUGCGGUUGGGACAAUGGACAGAGAGCGCGCAGUUCGAGCCGAGCGGGGCAAGGAUUCCAUCGAAGAGUGGACCGAAAUCGCUAGAAAGUUCACUGAAGCAAAACUCCUGGCUGUGUUCCUUCAGACGGAGGUUCGUCAGAAAACGGCUCAUCUGCUGCAGCAUAUCCCCGAGAAUCUUUCACUGGAAUCCGUCCAGGGCAUGGCCGCGAUCCAAUACUUUCUUCUCAAAACGGACGAUCAAUCGCCGUUGAAGCAAAACUUCCUCGGUUUCGUCUGGCAGCACCUGAAGUUCAAGGAAUCUAGCCUUGCGGCUAAGGUGGCAGCUUUGGCCAUGCCUCACCUCGCGGAUCUGUUGCAUGUGGCUGUUUUCCAGGAACACGAUCCGAUGAUCGAUUUGAUCAACCAGCUCUCGUCGAGACACUCGUAUCACGUUUUGCCGCUGAAUGUGUUUUCCGCACCGAAAACGACCAAAAAGAUUCCGUCACGAGUUCGUCCACUGACCAGCUUGCUCAUCGACAGUCCUUUGAAGCGGGUUCUGACGGAACUGAUGGACAAAUACUACUACACGAAUGCACCUUACGCCCAAGUAGCUGAAGCCGUAGAUCCGGAAAUCCUCUUGAUCUGUGCUCAUGAUGAUGACGAGAUGGUUAUCGGCGAUGGUCUCGUAGCCGGGGGAUGGACCCGAAACGCCGAACGUACGCUGGAAAAACUGUCCGAAGCUGUAUCACUUCAGGUGGAGAUUGUCCGGCUCAAGUCCGAACUCAGAAAGCAGUACGAGGUCAUUCCGAAGCUGGAGGAAUGCAUGGAACAAAUUUGGAACGACAUCCAGGAAUUGCGACAGGAUGCGUUCGAUCGAUAUCGUCAGUUGCAUCAAUCUUUCCCAAAAAUCUCCGAGAUGCCUUCCGUCCUGAAACAACUGUUCCACCAGAAAACUAUUCUUGUUCAGCAGGACGUUCGUUUCAAUCUCCUCACAAAGUUUUCGCAACAUCUCAAAACCAACAAGCUCAACAGUCGUGAUUGGUAUAAACAACGAGCUGAGGAUCUACAAAAAUCCCUGGAUGAAGCUCGUCAAAAGCACGACGCACACGAAUACGAUCGAGAUCUGAUUCAGUUCAAGCACGACGUUCGCAAGCUGGGCGAACUGCUAGUCCAGGCAGAAUCCCUCCACGCGAUCAGUUUGCCGUUGGAGCUUCACAAGACGCUUAUGAAAUCUCUAACAGAACAUCAGGAAGAAUUGAAAGCCCCAUUGCAAGUCCUCGAAAAUGAGCGUAUCAACGUUCUGAACACUUUCGAAAUCUCCAACCAGCUGGAUCUUGUCCAGCGGCAGAUGAUUGAACCGGAGCGAACGAUGUUAUCCUACAACUACCUCUUCCUCGAACUGGCCGCCUUCCUCCAAAAUCUACGCUGUCAAUAUCCAGCCAUCAAAUUUCAACAGUCCAAGCCCAAAACCGUCAGCACGAACCUGCAACGCGUGUACGAAGCGAGGCAAGUCCUGAACCACACCCAGCCGGCCUACUCGUCGGAGGAAAUCGAACGAUUCAAGGUCCGUGUCGGGCUCUGUCGAGCUGAGCUGGACCUCCUGACCGACCACCGAAAAUUUGUCGUGGCCAACAUGACGCUCCCGUGCAUGGACAAACUGAUGGCCCUCAAGCUGCGGCUGAUAACCCAGAUGGUGGCCGAGUUGCCCGGAUAUCUGGGCGAAACCGGAAGUCUCCGGUUGAACUUCCAGUACGAUCAAACGAAAUGCUCGCAGGAAGCUUUGGGUGCGGUUGCGUUCCAAAUGGACUACAUAGUUGGGCUGAUGGUGGACUUCGUGGACGAUGACGGCACCGUUAUCUGGUGCCUCAACGGCAAUUCAGCAGUACUGCCCCACCUGAUGUUCUUCCUGUCGUUGUUGGGCGUCGAAGGGUGUAAACUUCUGGUGUUGGAUAACACUUUCGUGAACCUUUCACAAGAGGAACGGCAACAUGCACACAAGCUUUUGGAACUUGUGUCACGUAGCAUGCAGAUUUUCGCUGCUGUCGAAUGAAUGGAGUUGCAGUCAUUGAUUUUUCUGUACAUUCAGUGAUGUACGUUUCAGAUAUUAUUUUUUAUAUUUAUUGUUGUGUAAGUUAAACAAUUUUAACAAAUAGACCUCUCAAAUAUUUCA